AUGUCACAGAUAGCUGAUGAGCUGUUCCGACCAAAUAGGACCACCUUUGGAAUGAGCCUUCCUGGCAUUGAUAUACAAAGAGCUAGAGACCAUGGUGUGCCUCCGUACAAUGAUCUGCGUGAGAAAUGUGGGCUUCCAAGAGCAAAUGACUUUGGUGAUCUCAUUGAUACUACCCCUUAUCCAGCAAUUGUAAAAAUGAAAAAAGUUUAUAAACAUGUUGAUGAUAUUGAUCCCAUAGUUGGAGGAGCCUUAGAAAAUAAUAUCCCUGGAACAUUGAUGGGUCCAACAUUUCUGUGUCUUAUGGUUAAUCAGUUCCUCUUAUCACAGAAGUCUGACAGAUUUUUCUACCUCAAUAGGAAACAGGAGUAUCCCUUUACUGAAGGACAAAUCAAGGAAAUUAAGAAAGCUAGCAUUGCCAGGCUUAUGUGUGACCAUACAGGUGUUCAAAAGAUUCAAAAACAAGCAUUUUUGCAGAUAUCUAAGAGAAACUGA